AUGACCCAACUCCUCACACACAACACCUCCCUACUCAUCCCUCGACGCGUCCAAACAUAUGCGCGCACGUUACGCCACACGUCCCUAACGAUGCUAAAAUACGCAGAUAUUCCUUAUCCUCCACCUCUUGGCGGAAUAUAUAUCUUUUUCUUUAUUUUUAAGCCUUUUGUUUUAUCCCAGUUUUUUUCUAAUCACUCACUAUUAAACCCCAUUUUGAUCUCUCAAGUUUUCAAAAGCAGGAGAUUUUCCUUUUCAAGAAAGAGAAAUUUCACUAAUCAAAGUUGCGAGCUUUCACUUGUCGACUUGAAAAUUCUCGUCCUUUUUACAGAAUUCGAUCUGGGUUUUUGUUCUUGAUUAGUAAAAUAACAAAAGGGGGGUUUUCAGAAAUGGCUGCGAGCGAUGAAGUUAAUCUUAUUGAGAGCAGAACAGUGGUUCCUCUCAAUACAUGGGUUCUAAUAUCCAACUUCAAAGUAGCCUACAAUAUCCUGCGUCGCCCUGAUGGAACCUUUAACCGACACUUAGCUGAGUAUCUAGACCGUAAAGUCACUGCAAACGCCAAUCCUGUGGACGGGGUGUUCUCGUUCGAUGUCUUGAUUGAUCGCAGGAUCAAUCUUCUAAGUAGAGUCUAUAGACCAGCUUAUGCAGAUCAAGAGCAACCUCCUAGUGUUUUAGAUCUCGAGAAGCCUGUUGAUGGUGACAUUGUCCCUGUUAUAUUGUUCUUCCAUGGAGGUAGCUUUGCUCAUUCCUCUGCAAACAGUGCCAUCUACGAUACUCUUUGUCGCAGGCUUGUUGGUUUGUGCAAGUGUGUUGUUGUCUCUGUGAACUAUCGGCGUGCACCCGAGAAUCCAUACCCUUGUGCUUAUGAUGAUGGUUGGAUUGCUCUUAAUUGGGUUAACUCAAGAGCUUGGCUUAAAUCCAAGAAAGACUCAAAGGUUCAUAUUUUCCUGGCGGGGGAUAGCUCGGGAGGUAACAUUGCGCAUAAUGUAGCGCUAAAAGCGGGUGAAUCAGGAAUCAAUGUUUUGGGGAACAUUCUGCUGAAUCCUAUGUUUGGUGGGAAUGAGAGGACGGAGUCUGAGAAAAGUUUGGAUGGGAAAUACUUUGUGACAGUUAGAGACCGCGAUUGGUAUUGGAAAGCUUUUCUACCUGAGGGAGAAGAUAGAGAGCAUCCAGCGUGUAAUCCGUUUAGCCCAAGAGCGAGAAGCUUAGAAGGAUUGAGUUUCCCCAAGAGUCUUGUGGUUGUCGCGGGUUUGGAUUUGAUUCGAGAUUGGCAGUUGGCUUACGCGGAAGGGCUCAAGAAAGCGGGUCAAGAGGUUAAGCUUAUGCAUUUAGAGAAAGCAACUGUUGGGUUUUACCUCUUGCCUAAUAACAAUCAUUUCCAUAAUGUUAUGGAUGAGAUUUCUGCGUUUGUAAACGAACGUUAACACGGUGUUAGAGAGAGAAGGUUGUUUUAACAGAGCCAAGACAUCUUUCAAACUAACAAACAGGUGAAUGUAUUGCCUGUGGAUUCUCUCGGAUAGUUUUGUUUUUGUGUUUAGUAUCUAAGUGUGUGGCGGUUUGCGGAAGCCUUUGUGAUGACUGUUUAAACGCUGGAUUCUGAAACGCUAAAGCUUGUGGAAGAAUAGUGAGGCGUUUAGAGACUUGGAAAGGAACAAAGCAGUAGUAAAAAUUUCUCCUUUGUGUCUGUAAUAUUUGGCCUUUAGCUUUUAGCCUUGAGUCUUUUUAUUAACUAAAAGCUGAAUUUUUUCGGCAUGGGAGUGGUAAUUAAAUAUAAAUAUUUCAAGAAUGUAAUGUUUUAUACAAAUUGUAAUGAUUUUGGUAAAUGUCAGGUUUGCAGUUGGUAUUGUUGCUCCUC